ACACACACACAUACACAUACACUAUUCCGUCUUCCAGCCCGUGCGAGCCCGUAGUUUGAAAGCUGCUGGGCUGCUCAGCACAAGCAAGACCUAGGUUAUUUCUGCAGCAGUUUUUGUUCAAUGAAAUAUCACCCCCAAACGUACACCUGACCCCAGUGGGGAGAAUGGACCGAAACCAAAGUGCUGUGAUUUGAAAAACUGGUGCAAUAGCUGUCCACACUGUUGCAAGGUGCAACGAGGGAUCACAUAUCCAAACCCCCCCCACCCCUGCCUCUGGUGGACUUUUCCGUGCGGGACGGGUGCGAAAGAAAGUUUGGUGCCAGGUGCCCAACCUCCUCUUCCUCGGGACACGCGCGGGGGAACAAUUAUACAAGUUUGAUCGGUUGCCCAGUAAUUUGGCAUACAAACACACACACACACAGAUAGAGGGAAGUGCUGGCUGGCUAGCACGAGUGUAAAAAAAGUGCUCUAUUAGUGUGUUGGAAUUGAAGGCAAAGUUGUGUAAAAAGUAUAAAAGUUUUCCAACAUCUCCAACAUAUUCUGGCCGCCCCACAAACGGGGUGCAAAGCGAGAUGGGGUGGUAAAGUGUGCUUGUGUGUGUAUGUGUGUGUGUGUGAACAGUUUUCCAUAGUGAAGCGGUAGCAGCAACAACACCACCAGCAACAAGAAACGAGAAGAAGAACGCGGUUGUGUUGCCUUUUUUUCUCACCAGCAUUCACAUCAAACGACGACGACGACGACGACGACAUCUCGUCAUUGAGUGAGUCAGAAAGGCAGAGUAAAAGAGAGAGAGAGCGAGAGCGAGAGGGCACGAUAAUAGUGGUGGCAGAAUCCAUCCCGCAGAUUGUUGUUGCGACCGCUGCUGACAAGAUUCCAAUGCACACGGGAAACAAUGGCCUGUGCUAGUACCUCGUCCACGGCCAGCAUGGAGCUGGUGGGUCCGGCUGGGCCGACAAACGUAGCGGCCGCCGCACGACCUUCACGCUUCACGAUGGAAGGCGUCGGAUCGCGGGUCAUCCGCGGGCCGGACUGGAAAUGGGGCAAGCAGGACGGUGGCGAAGGGCACGUCGGCACGGUGCGCAACUUCGAGUCGCAGGAGGAGGUGGUCGUCGUGUGGGACAAUGGGACGGCCGCCAACUACCGGUGCGCCGGUGCGUACGAUCUGCGCAUCCUGGACAGUGCGCCGACCGGCAUCAAGCACGAGGGCACGAUGUGCGACACCUGCCGGCAGCAGCCCAUCUUCGGCAUCCGCUGGAAGUGCGCCGAGUGUAACAAUUACGAUCUCUGCUCGAUCUGCUACCAGAGCGACAAGCACCAUCUGCGGCAUCGCUUCCACCGCAUCACGACGCCCGGCGGCGAGAAGACGCUGCUCGAGCCGCGCCGCAAGUCGAAAAAGAUCGCCGUGCGGGGAAUCUUCCCGGGGGCGCGGGUCGUGCGCGGCGUCGACUGGCAGUGGGAGGACCAGGACGGCGGCAAUGGGCGCCGGGGGAAGGUGAACGAGGUGCAGGACUGGUCGUCGGCGUCACCCCGGUCCGCCGCGUACGUCGUGUGGGACAACGGGGCGAAGAAUUUGUACCGCGUCGGGUUCGAGGGCAUGGCCGAUCUGAAGGUGGUGAACGACGCGAAGGGCAUGACGGUGUACCGGGACCAUCUGCCGCUGCUGGGCGAGUAUGGGCCGGGCCGGGCGCCGAACAACUUCCAGAUCGGCGACCAGGUGACGGUCGAUCUGGACAUCGAGAUAGUGCAAUCGCUGCAGCACGGACACGGCGGCUGGACCGACGGGAUGUUCGAGUGUCUCAGCACGACCGGCACGGUGGUCGGCAUCGACGAGGACCAUGACAUAGUGGUCGCGUACCCGAGCUCGCACCGCUGGACGUUCAAUCCGACCGUGCUGACGAUCGUGUCGUCGCCGAUGAUGCUGCUCGCCGACAACCAGCCGCAGCAGUUCGCGGUCGGCGAUUUUGUGAAGAUCUGCAGCGACCUGGAGCGCAUCAAGAUACUGCAGCGGGGCCACGGCGAAUGGGCGGAAGCGAUGGUGCCGACGCUCGGAAAGGUGGGCCGCGUGCAGCAGGUGUACCACGACAACGAUCUGAAGGUGGAAGUUUGCAACACAUCCUGGACGUACAAUCCGCUCGCUGUGACAAAAGUUGCUUCCUCGUCCGACGGUGCCACGGCCGUCACAACCAACGGCGAGCGGCUGUCGGCGAUACUGAAGAAGCUGUUCGAACCGCACGCCUCGGGCGAUACCACGGAAGAGCUGGUAAAGGCCGCCGCCAACGGUGACAAGGCGAAGGUGGAAGAGUUCCUGAUCGGUUCGGCCGGGGGCCAGAACGUGACGCCAUCCUCGUCGUCGGCGGCCGGUGCCGCUGCCAGCCUCGGUGAAUCCCAGUCGGUCGUCAAGGUCGACGUGAACGGUGUGUUUGCGGGCCAUACCGCCCUGCAAGCGGCCAGCCAGAACGGCCACCUGGAAGUGAUCGAGGUGCUGCUGCGUCACAAUGCGGAUGUCGAGAUCGAGGACAAGGACGGCGAUCGGGCCGUCCAUCAUGCAGCGUUCGGCGACGAGCCGGGCGUGAUGGGCAUGCUGGCAAAGGCGGGGGCUGACCUGAAUGCACGCAACAAGCGGCGCCAGACAGCGCUCCACAUCGCCGUCAACAAGGGCCACUUCAAUGUGGUGAAAACCCUGCUCGAGCUAAACUGCCAUCCGAGCCUGCAGGACUCGGAGGGUGAUACGGCGCUGCACGACGCCAUUUCGAAGGAGCACGACAACAUGCUGGCCCUGCUGCUCGACAACGGGGCGGACAUAACGCUCACCAACAACAACGGGUUCAAUGCGCUGCACCACGCCGCGCUGAAGGGCAACCCGAGCGCGAUGAAGGUUUUGCUGACCAAAACGAACCGGCUGUGGAUAGUGGAGGAGAAGAAGGACGACGGCUACACGGCGCUGCACCUGGCGGCGCUCAACAAUCACGUCGAGAUCGCGGAGCUGCUGGUGCGCAUGGGCAAGGCGAACAUGGACUGCCAGAACGUGAACCUGCAGACGGCGCUGCAUCUGGCGGUCGAGCGGCAGCACGUGCAGAUCGUGAAGCUGCUGGUGCGCGAGGGCGCCAACCUGAACAUUCCGGACAAGGACGGCGACACGCCGCUGCACGAGGCGCUGCGGCACCACACGCUGUCGCAGCUGCGCCAGCUGCAGGACGUCGAAGGGUUUGGCAAGAUUUUGAUGGGCUUGAGAAAUAACACGGACAAGAAAGCGUCGGCAUCGAUUGCCUGCUUUCUGGCGGCCAAUGGGGCCGAUCUGACGAUAAAAAAUAGAAAGCUACAGACACCGCUGGACCUGUGCCCGGAUCCGAAUCUCUGCAAAACGCUGAUCAAAUGCUACAACGAGCGCAAGACGGACGAUAUGGACAGCAUGACCCUCGGUAUGGCGAGCCACACGGGCGGCGGCGGCGGCCCCCCUACCAUGCCACUGCGGCGCGGUGGCUACCGCCCGCCGGACGAGCCGAUCGCUUCCACGUCCGCGGGCAAUCCGGGCACGAGCGGGCUCGGCUCGGGCGGCCUGAACCACGCCCAGAUCGACGCCAACCUGCUGAUGGGGCUGAGCAAGAUGUCGAUCCAGCCGAACGCGGCCGGCGAAGCGAACACGAACGUAAGCGUCAAUCACAACACGGCAAGCGGCGGUGGCAGCGGCGGCGGUGUUUCCGUAGCCUGCAGUGUCGCAACCACCACCGCCGGCGACAGCAGUGGACCGCUGGACGAGUGUCUGCUGUGCUCGGACCAGAAGCGCGACACGGUGUUCAAACCGUGCGGGCACGUGGUGUGCUGCGAAAACUGUGGCCCGCGCAUCAAGAAGUGUCUGAUCUGCCGGGAGUCGGUGCUGUCGCGCGAAAAGAUCGACGAGUGUCUGGUGUGCUCGGACCGGAAGGCGUCGGUGUUUUUCAAACCGUGCGGCCACAUGGUGGCGUGCGAGCACUGCGCCCCGAUCAUGAAGAAGUGCGUCCAGUGCCGGACGCAGCUCGAGCAGAUGGUACCGCUGUCGGUGUGCAGCGGUGGGCAGGGCAGCGUGAUCAACACAGCACCCGGUGGAGGACGGCAAGAAGGAUCUGCUGCACAAUCACAACGCAUCGCAGCAGCAGCAGCAGCAGCAGCAGCAGUUGCUGCAGGGACGAACAAAGCAGGGCUUGGCGUUGCCAUGAACAACACGAUGUCGCCCAAUGCAAGCGCACUGGCGGCGGGUUCGGGCAGCGGCGGCGUUGCGCUGGGCAACAAUGGGCAGGCGGUCGGGGGCGCCAGCAGCUCGACGGGCAGCAGCAACACGAACGCAUCGCUGAUUGUUUCGCCCAACAAUCUCAACCUGGUGGACGAUUUCCAGAAGCUGCAGCAACAACUGCAGGACAUUAAGGAGCAGACGAUGUGCCCGGUUUGCUUCGAUCGGAUCAAAAACAUGGUGUUCCUGUGCGGCCAUGGCACGUGCCAGAUGUGCGGCGAUCAGAUAGACGGCUGUCCCAUCUGCCGCAAGACGGUGGAGAAGCGUAUUCUGCUGUUCUAAGGACACAAAGAGACAAAAAAAAAACGGUGGAUGGAGAGGGGUCCCCAUCUCCUCCCGCCGUUUCCAUAGGCUUUAAAAAUGCGAAGUGGUUUACGAUCGGUCAUGUUCGAAAAACAGUUCGAAGGAUUGUGUUGUGCCGACGUUUGGACUCUUGCCAAUGUUGGAGAUUUUUCCUGCCCGGGUUGAAUUUCUACCUGCCGUGGGAAUCGGGCCAAACAAGAGGGAUUUUGAAAGAUCUUUUACUGACGAAUUUGUCAGUAUUUUGUCUCAUCUCAGAGUAAUACAAUCGUAACUUGAACUGGUUCAACUUCGAUUGCCUGUUAACAAUUGAAUUUGUGCAUUUUCGGUUUCUUUUACUACAAAAGUCAUGGGAUUUUUGUUGUAUUUUUCUUUAAGACUAGGGUUUUCAAACCAAUACAACGCAAGAGUUAAGAAAGAGCCUAAACAUUAUGAGAACCCCUGACCAACUCUUGUUUGUAAGUCGGUUCCAUACGAUACACGGCCAGAGCAUGAGCAGUUCUUUCGUUCUUUUGCAAACAGCAACACCUGCAAAGUCUGUGAAUCGGUACUCUAUUGGAAAAUCGGUAGAACUACAAAUUAAUCCGUUGGUCUGAUCACAUGAAAAAUAAGCCAAUAUUAUAAACACUCUAUCAUUUGACCCUAGAAAGCGAUUCACGCAAACAGUUUAAACAAGACCGUUUCUUGUUUUCUCUUUAAAUUUGCGAAUGUUGGAGGGUUUUUCUGUUCGUUAUAACAAAAUAAUCAUGAAUGUUUGGACUCAAUUUUAUGAUAUUUUUUUGUAAUUUUGAUGUAUCAAAAGAACCAUGGCAUUCUUCUCUUGUGAACCUGUUCAUUCAUUGUUUCCACGUGAACUGAAUGAACCGUAUGGUUCUGGUUCAUUUGGUAUACCUCUAUCGAGCAAAACCACGCGGAUUUCGCCCCAUACAAACGGGAACGAACGGAUUUCUCAUUGAAAAGUGAGGCACUCAUGAGUGCAAAUGAGUUAAGAUUGGGUGUCGCGGCGAACGCAUUCUCGCGAACGGAGUCCAUGCUCUGGCCGACAGUCAUAUUAUGUCGUACGACUUUUACGACAAGCCCGUCAUGGGUUCAAGCCUCGUAUAUGCCGAUGUCGUCAUACGCAGAACUGACCUUUCCUGCUAUAAGUUUUGCUUCUUCGUUCGACCUCUUUUUAUGAGCAAUUUUAUCUCUCUAAUGGCGAAAGUAAUUGCACAAAACACACUCCCACUGGCCCUCAGCCCUCAUCCAAUGAAGGUUAUGAAGCCCGACAAAACAAAAUCUUUUUCGAACAUGUCGAUCGUGUCGAUACCUUCCCAUUUAGGUCUCAUUUACGAUAGUGGCUACUGUUAGGUUAGGUGUUUUUGCACUUUUUUUUUUUGUUUUACAUAAAUCAUCAUCCACCGACCACUCCUGCCACCUCCCCAUCAUGCAGACACGAGACGACUCCCUUUGCGCCAAUUUGUAUUGUUAAGUUAGUAGUAGUAAACACUAUUUUGUUUUGUCAAUCUCCAAAAACCCUUCGAUUACCGAUCGUUGCCGUCCACAGCACAGCAGGUGUUUGCACAAAUAAUCAAACGCUUUCUGCCGCACAACGGAAGAAGCAAAAGAACUCCCCUAGAGUGUGGGAAGAUCAUGAGGUUAAAAUGUGCAAAAAAGUUGACACAAAAACAGGCUUUAGUUAUUUUUUUUAGGGGGGGGGGGGGGGAGUGCACAUUUCAGGUGCAUUGUUUUACACCUUUUUUUUCUACUCAUACAAUUUGUCCCAUUUGUGCCUUUGA